AUGGUACGAAUGCAUGUUAAGAGACAAACUGAAAGUUUAUUUCUUUACGACACAAGUGUCGAAACAAAGGUCGACGACAUCAUCAAGGAUAUAUGCAUAAUUUUUAAUGGUCGUUUGAAAGUGUCUAGACUGUGUUAUGAUCUAGAAGAUUUAGCUGAGCACGGAACAAUGCUACCACCUAAUAUGCAAGGAUUAACCGAUGAGCAAAUAGAAGAAUUACAUUUGAAAGAUGAGUGGGGAGAAAAGUGUUUACCUUCGGGUGGUUGGACGUUCAAUAGAGACGUAAUGGGCCGCAGGAACGGCAAACAACCCAAUGAAAGUAUGCAGAAAGUUAUAAAAAAAGCAAUUGAAGAUACUCGAUCAAUGAUAUCAAAGAAGUUGAUAAGUGAAGAUAAAUUCGUCACUCAAAAAGUCGUUCAAGAUGCUCUAGACCUCAUGCGCGGCGCCGUAAUGAUAGUUUAUCCCAUGGGAAUACCUCCCCACGAUGUCAUCCGUCUUGAAUUUGAAAACAAUGAAGAUUUAUCCGGUACCCAUGCUUCCCUCGAGGUGAUAGAUUUGGACACGGCUCAACUAUGGUUUUCUGGAAAAGAACUGAUCCGCGGGCAUCAAUUAAAAGAAUUUGUUGGGCACAAUGAAAAAACAAAAAUUAUUGUUAAAUUAGCCAAAAGAGGAUCAGGAGCGCCUCCACGAGAACCCGUCAUGACAGACGACGACCGCAAGCAGCUGAUGAUGCACGCGUACAAGCGUCAAGAGGAACUUAAGGGUUCUCCUAUAUCGACGAUCGCUGUAUGA